AUGGAAUUUACACCUUCUCAGCUAGAAAAGUUGGCAGAUCUAAUGCGACCCCCAGAACCAGAAAUUCUUCAAGGCGACGAUCUCCCAUCUACUGGAUAUGAAAUUACAUCAAAUAGGGCCGACGUUGUGAAUCAAAAGGAGACAAAGAAAGCUCCUAAAACUAUUGAAGAGUUUGAAGCGCAGGAAGCAGAAGAAGCGGAUCUCCUUGGCCGAGUUGGUGCAGGCAUUACAGAUAAAAAAUCUCCAGCUUAUACCAUGAACUAUCAACAAUCUGUCAGCGCUGAAGAUGUAUUCUUGCAGAUUGGACCAAAGACGCCAUCUUCGGCUAGCUGUGAAAAUUUAAUGGUCAGAAUCAAAUUGCCAGGGGACAAGAAGGAAAAUGUAGAUCUCGCGGUAGAUGCACUCGGCGUCACCGUUACCUCUUCUCAAUAUUACUUGAAGCUUCCUUUACCUCAUGCUAUUAACCCUGAUGCAUCGAAGGCCAACUGGGAUACAACGGAGGAAACGUUGGUUUUGACUUUGAAACUGGACAGAGAAUUUGAUUUCGUUAACUUCUAG